UGUUGGUAUGGGCGUGCGAGGGCCCCAGGUGUGAUUUAGUGGUCGGAAACUGUAUCCGCAGUUUUCACCUACAAUCUACACCUGGGUACUACAAAUUGCCCGGUUCGGAAUUGGUCAUGAGAAAAAAGAGAGAAAGGAUGCGAGUCAGUAGGUUGGGCAGGUGUGUGUAUGGGUGGGAGGAUGGAUGCGAAGCGUGCAUGGUUGACGGGUCAGACGAUGAGCGGGUCGGCCAGGUAUUCCGUGAUUAUCGGGGUUGGAAAGAGCAAGACAUGGGUAUGGGAGGGACAAGGCGUACCGUACCUUGGUGGGCGCCGGCUUGCAGAAUGCAGAUGCAGCAGGGUGAAAAUGGAAGUAUCGCGAGUGCAUUCUGCUUGUGCGUUUGUGGAAUUAUUGUACUCUGGGUUUUUCGAGAGACAGGUAUGCGUGCGAUGAUUGUGGAAAAUGUCCCAUGCAGGUUGAACCCCGAGGUAUAUACAAGUGUCGCAGUGAUUGUAUUUCCAUGAAGAGAGAAUCUGCAGUGUGUGAGUAGGCUGCCCUGGGGCCUG